ACUCGAAGUCCAACCAGCAUUUGUAAUGAAUGUGGGAGUUUGGUGAUCUCAACCCAACAGAUCAUCAUGUUCAUCUCCUGGGUGACCGCGGCGCUGACGGGGAUCCUCUCGGCGCACAUCGUGCAGCGCCUGUACUUCCCGUACUUCUGGAGGGACCUCUCCUUCAUGUGGAGCCUGGUCCGAUGCGGGGUCGCCCUGGAGUUCUACAAGAAGAGGUCGAACGUCAUGACCGUGAUGGACCGUUUCGUGCAACAGGCGCAGCGGAUCCCCGACAAGCCGUUCCUGGUGUAUGACGGCCGCGCGCACACGUACAGGCAGAUAGACGAGCGGAGUAACCGCGUCGCGCGCGCGCUGCAGCGGCACAGCAGCCUGAAGAAGGGCGACACCGUGGCCAUGCUCAUGAGCAACGAGCCCGACUUCCUCUGCGUCUGGUUCGGCUUGACCAAGCUGGGGUGCGCUGUGGCGUUUCUCAACACCAACAUCAAAUCCAGGUCCCUGUUGCACUGCUUCAACUCGUGCGGGGCCAAACUGCUGGUGGUUGGCGCGGACCUGUUGGACACCUUGAAGGACGUCCUGCCUAAUCUGCAGGAGGACAAUAUUUCAGUAUGGGCAAUGAAGCAGGAGGGCUCCCACCCAGGGGUUCAAUGCCUGUUGGAUAAGAUUGAAGAUGCUUCAUGUGAGCCAGUGCCUGCUGAGCUCAGAUCAACCACCUCUCUUAAAAGUCCCACACUUUAUAUCUUCACUUCAGGGACCACAGGGUUACCCAAGGCUGCUGUGAUCUCUCACCUGCAGUCUCUCAAGGCAUCGUGGGGAUUCUGGUUAUACAGCGGCACUUCAGAGGACAUCAUUUACACACCGCUGCCUCUCUACCACAGCGCAGCCUCUCUUAUAGGCAUCGGAGGCACAAUAGAGCUGGGUGCAACUUGUGUUUUAAAGAAGAAAUUUUCCGCCUCACAAUUUUGGAACGACUGCCGAAAGUACAACGUUACCAUUUUCCAAUAUAUCGGGGAGCUGUGCCGCUAUCUAUGCAAUCAACCAAAGGCAGAGAAUGAGAAGAAUCAUAAAGUGCACAUGGGUGUGGGAAACGGCCUUCGCCAGGAUGUAUGGAGAGAAUUCCACAGUCGUUUUGGAGAGAUCCGUAUGUGCGAACUAUACGGCUCCACGGAGGGGAACCUCUGCUUCAUGAACCAUACCGGCAAGAUCGGAGCAGUCGGUCGCUCCAACAUCUUCUACAAGCUUAUGUUUAAUUAUGAGUUGGUGAAAUAUAACAUGGAAAGAGAUGAACCUGUGAGAGAUGAACAGGGUUUCUGUCAGCCAGUUGAGAAAGGGGAGAUGGGUUUGCUGUUGUCCAGAAUCAAUUCCCGAAGUCCAUUCUUUGGCUACGCUGGAAGCAAACAGCUAACGGAGAAAAAGAUCAUGAGGGAUGUUUUUAAGAAAGGAGAUGCUUAUUUCAACACGGGCGACCUCAUGGCAGAGGAUCAAGACGAUUUCAUCAGCUUUAAGGACAGAGUCGGGGACACUUUCAGAUGGAAGGGUGAAAACGUGGCCACCACCGAGGUGACGGAGAUUCUUGGAUUGCUGGACUUUAUUCAGGAAGUCAAUGUGUAUGGGGUGGAGGUUCCAGGCAGCGAGGGUCGAGCUGGUAUGGCUUCACUGAUCAUCAAACCUGGCUGUGUGUUUGAUGGAAAGAAGCUGUUUGAGACCGUCAUGACUUACCUACCUGUUUACGCGCGGCCUCUCUUCAUCAGAAUACAGGAGUCUAUGGAGUUGACUGGCACAUUCAAGCAGCUGAAGUUCGGUCUGGUGAAGAGCGGCUUCAACCCUGCCAACAUCUCUGAUCCGCUCUACUUUUUAGACUACACUGAGAAAUGCUACGUUCCUCUCACAGACUCCAUCUACGACAGCAUAGCAUCGGGCAAGCAGAAGCUGUAGGCCAUACUCGGUGAACGGCUCUGUUACUCGGACAAACCAAAUGGACAUAAGGAAGAUCCUGAACACGCCUAACUCUUUUGUAGUGUUGUAUAUUUGAUUGUGCCUGAAAGCAAGCCUGGAUAACUCCAUAAUGAAUAAUGGAUUGCUUUUUCCUUUGUGAACAUUUCACUGAGACAGCUUAUCGGUUAAUAAUGAAUCAGGGAGUUUUCAUGACUUGAAUGGCCUUUUUUGCAGAGAGCGAGGAGACUGAUUGCUGCGACGGAGCUGAAUGAGAGGCCGGAUUCUCACCAGUGACCCACUGGGUAUCAGGUUCUCGUACCUCCUUGGUCCGUCUAGCAGGUGACUCUUAGCGUUAAUGAUGCCACGACUUCAUCUUUCACCGUCAUCUCCUCGACGCUCUCAGUUCUCUUGCUUUCCUGGCUGUGAGGAGCGUCACUGGAGAUCAAUACAGGAAAUGACAACUGCUGCUACAAUAAAAUCAGAUUUCACUUUAGAUGGAAAACUUUGCUAUAUUUAAAGCUGCAGUCUGUAAUUACAUACCUCUCCAGAGAUGGAUACGGACAGAUGUUUAUCAUUAGAAGUGCUUCGUUGAAGAGCCAGUUGUGCAGAUGUUUUUCAUUCCAUUUUUUGCAAUAGUUUUAGUAUGGAUCACCUGGACCUUUUUUUUUUGGGGGGGGGGGGUGAAAAAUACUUAGACCAACACAUCUUUCAUGUUUCGUUUCGGUAGUAUUACAAAUGGUUAGUUUACAUAUUUGCUAUACUGACAUGUGAAAUGUAUCAUUGAAGUGACAAAACCCAGGAUGUUUUACCCAGUCUCCGGGGCCAGUGAAGGAAUUUUAAUGUAUAAAGCCAUAGAUGUUUAGAUACACAUAGUCAUACAGUAUACAGCAGUGGAACAUGUUCCAGUUGUUAUUUUAUGCACCAAUUUUUGAGGGACUGAGCAACACAUUAUCCUACUGUGGCACUUUCAAUAAAACGUGACAGAUUGGGUAUUGGAGAUAAAUUGAAUAGUCUUUUCAGAACAGCCUAGAGAGCUGCUCCAAAAGCCAACACAGGAAUAAAUAAGGUAUUUUGGCAUGCACAGAUUCUGCAAAUAAAUAAAUAAACAGGCACAGCUGCUUGCCAUGACACAGUUACAAGGGCAAUCUUGCAAAUGCUUCCCAUGAUCUAUAGCAGCUUUCUUCAGCUCCAGUCCUGGAGGGCCAGUGUCCAGCAAAGUUUGUUAUUCACCAGCACCCAAAUACACCCACUGAACUUAAUACUUAACAGAUCAGCUGUGUUUGAGCAGAUUUGCCAAACUGUGUUGGACACUGGCCCUCUUGGGCAGGAGGACCCUUGUCUAUAGUAGGUAUUCACCCCCUCUGAAUUGGAUUUAUAUAUAUAUUUUAUUUUUAAAUUAAAAAUAUGUUAGUUUUCUGUGAAUGUAUGAGUUAUGGUUUGAUUACUUUAAUUACUAUUCCACUAACGAGCAUGGGGCAGCUUGGUGGUUCGUGUGCAUGUUGGAGCAGUAGAGUUUGCAGCUCUAUCUGUGCUUGGUUUGUUUCCCCCACACAUGCAGUGUAGAUUUUGUGCAUAGGCUUAAUGACCCCAGGAAGGUGUCUCUGUCUAGAGGAGAUGGGUGGGGAGGUUAAGGGACCAUCCUUGUGUCUUCGGGUUCAUCAGACAACAAAUACCCUCCCAUACCUGGAGAGGUAUCCGUCAUAUCAAUGGCCGUUUCUAACGGCUCGAUGCUGAUUGUAAGAGCCUGGGUUCGAACUUCCAGCAAGUUAACCACCGAGCUACCCAUAUACCUUCAUUAAAGUCAGUAAGCAAGGAAUUUUUCCAGGAAGAAACUGAGACUGCAAUAUUAUGUGAGAAUUUAGUCCAAUUAAGUCCAUACUUAUACACAUCACUGCGAAAUGCACAUAAAUGUUAAUCCUCCUGGAUAAAUUCCACAGAUUCCUAACAAACUGUAUAAAAUCAUCAGUGACAAAAGAAAUGGUGUUAUUAAUAGAAUAUUUGGUUGACAAUAAGACAGCAUAAUAAGCAUAUCAGCAGGUUUAUAAACGUUAGAAUAUAAACUUGCUGUAUUAUUUGGAGCAGCAAGUGAAAUGAGACACUAUCAUGGUGAUUGGGUGGGUUUCAAUUGACAGGAUCUUUCUCAAGACCAAUCAUCACCUGACAGUACAGGAGCUGUAUGAGAAGUGUAACUAAAUCUUAAGGAGGUAAUGGCACUGAUACCGUUUCACAAAAAGUUACACUAUAUACAAUAUAUACACUAUUGUGUAGGUAAUUUCUCCACAUAUAUCUUCAGGAGAAUAAAAGUAAUAAAAAUGUCUUAUGUAUUAAUUCAGACAGUUUACUGUGCCUCAGAUGAGAAUGCCUACACCAAGAUCUUAAAUCUGUUUAUAACCAUCUUCAUAAUCUUUCCAUAAUUUAGAAUUUACUGUGAAUGAUACAUUUUGUGUGGGUUGUACUGGAAUAAUGUUUAAUAUUAUUUUUAUUUUGCUGAAGAGCAUCUCUUUUAAUAACCAUUUAAAUCAUGCAUUCAUGAAUUUGGUUUGGAGGUGUGAUUUAAUAGCCUUCAAUGCUACAGCAAUGCUAUUGUAUACAUGGAGUUGAGUUAGCCUGGAAUUAUUGCAUGAUUUUUAUUUUUUAUUAAUAAACAAGUAAGUGUUUAUUAUAAUCAACAACUGCUAUUUUAAAAUGGCAGACAUUAUUUGAAUCAAUGUAAAGCACAUUCUUACAAUCGAGUGUAAAUGUUUGCACAUACCUAUAACAAAAUGAAGAUAAUAAAGAAAUUCUCAAAUAUAA